AAGUUGAACUAUACUCAUUAUGUUAUUGAGCGAUUGUCAAUAAUUGUAAGCAUGACUCUCCGUACCAUAUACACCUGUUUGAGAUCUUUAGCAUGUUUACUUGAUUCAUGGCAAACAUAAUUGAUAGCUUCUUAUCAACAAUCACAUAUGCAUUAUCAGUGUGAUUGUUUUGAGGAAAAGUACUUAAGCAACUUUGAUUAAGGUUCGACGAACUGGUAUACCAUAUAAAAUGAUUGCAUAAUUCCAGCAGAGCAGUAUUUAAUUUUAAAUCAUUUAAGAGUUUUAUCAAAACAUUAUGUUUCCUCCAAACGAAUUAACUCUUAAAGGACCAACAGGUGUAUAUAAAGUUAAUGACCAGAAAUACUCUUAGAAAUGUCUCUUAGCCAUGCUCUCUUUUUUUGGUAAUACCAUUUGCACGUUCUCGAUCCCAAGAGUCAGUAGAGAACGAUAGCUCAGUGUGCAAACAUGGUCAAGUUGACUCUGUAUGGUGUGAAUCCCAGUCCGCCAGUUCGUGCGGUCAAACUCACUCUGGCUGCCCUUCAGCUGCCCUAUGAGUUCGUGAACAUAAAUAUCUCGGGAAAGGAGCAACUUUCUGCGGAGUAUCUGAAAAAGAAUCCGGAGCACACGGUGCCCACACUGGAAGAUGAUGGUCACUUCAUUUGGGACUCACACGCUAUCAUCGCGUAUCUGGUGUCCAAGUAUGGCCAGAAUGACGAUCUUUAUCCGAAGGAUCUCCUCCAGCGAGCUGUGGUGGAUCAGCGGCUGCAUUUCGAGACAGGAGUGGUGUUCGCCAAUGGCAUUAAGGCCAUCACCAAGCCGCUGUUCUUCAAUGGCCUGACCAGGAUACCCAAGGAGCGCUACGAUGCCAUUGUCGAGAUCUAUGACUUUGUGGAGACCUUCCUCGCUGGAUAGGAUUACAUUGCCGGGGACCGGCUGACCAUUGCCGAUUUCAGCCUUAUCUCGUCCAUCACUUCAUUGGUGGCGUUCGUGGACAUCGAUCGGGUGAAAUACCCCAGGAUCAUUGAGUGGGUCAAGCGAUUGGAGCAGCUGCCUUACUACGAGGAGGCCAAUGCGACAGGCGCCCGGGAAUUGGAGACCAUUCUAAAGUCCACCAAUUUCACUUUUGCAGCCUAGCUUUGAAAUUGAAAUACAAAUUUAUGAAAUAAAAUUUGGAUCUAAGAGAAAAUAUCGUUGUAGAAAAUAAGAGAACUUAGUUCCC